GGCUACAGCAUCGCGCAUUGUUAAAAGACGAUGACUGUCGUGUUGUAUUCAUGUGUUGCUUACAAUCGUUAAUUUGUCUUUACAUUUUCCAUAGUCCAAAAAAGGUGGCCAAAGAAAGGUUUAAACGUCGCAUGGAAAAACUCAGACGACAUCAUGAUGAGUGCACGAGGAAACAUUCACCGAAGACAAAGGAAAGUCCGAAGCAAUCACCAAGGUCUGACACCAUGACACAUCAUCAGGACCCAGAUGAUGAACCCCCACCUCCCUAUAAUGAAGACACCUUUGCCUUGCAGAUGAUGUGUACAGAAGUCUCGAUUAAGGAAAGUCAGAAGCAAUCACCAAGGUCUGACACCAUGACACAUAAUCAGGACCCAGAUGAUGAACCCCCACCUCCCUAUAAUGAAGACACCUUUGCCUUGCAGAUGAUGUGUACAGAAGUCUUGGACAGUGACGCGGAUACAGUCAUUUUUGAAUUGCCCAGUUCUUCUGCAGCAUCAGAAGCCCAAGAAGUUCCAAAGCUAGAGAGGACUGAGAGUGUAUUUCUUACUAAAAAAUCAUUACACAUCGGUUCAGCUUCAGAUGACAGCUUCUCGGAUAUAGUUAGCAGCAUUGAAAACAGCGAUGAUGACUUUGUGCCGGAUUCAGAGAGCUGUUCAGAAGAAUCUGAAGAGAGCCUUCCAUGUGGAAAAAGGAGACGUCUGUCACAGACCAGUCUCUCAUCUCCCAAUGUGACCUUAGACAGCAGUGAUGAUAAUUCAUCUUCCAUGAAUGCAGCCCAACAGUCUUCCUCUCCUGAAGAUAAGGAGACAUCAACUCAGCCAGUCGAGGAUGUCAACAGUGAUGUUUCGGUAAUGAAAUUGAAGAAGACUGCAUAUGGCCAAAGAGUGUACAACAAAAAGCAGUAUUGCUUUUACUGCUGCAAACCAUUCAGCAAGAUGGCAAGGCACUUGGCCCAAAUACAUAAGGAUGAGGUGGAGGUUGCAAAAGCACUUUCUUUUACGAAGGGGUCUAAAGAAAGAAGGGUUCAUCUAGAUCUUUUGCGUAACAAAGGGAAUCGUGCACACAACGUAAACGUUCUGAAAGCAGGCAAAGGUGUAUUGGUGCCACGUCAACAAGCAACUGCCAAGCAGGUAGACGUGAAUGACUAUGUGCACUGUUUACACUGCCAAGGGCUGUUCAGACGAAAGGCUCUUUGGAGGCAUAUGGCAAGGUGUAAUUUGGCGAAGAAGUGCCAGCUCACAAAACCAGGCAGAUCUAGAGUUCAAGCACUCUGCGCAUAUGCACAGCCUGUCCCUGAAGGGGUAAGUAAGAAGUUAUGGAAGCUCAUAAGUGACAUGAAGCAAGACAAAGUAACACAGGCAGUUAAAAGUGAUGUAUGUAUCAUCAGAUUUGGAGAACAUUUGUGUAACAAAAUGGGCAAUGACAAAACUAAGCACGAAUACAUAAGAACUAAAAUGCGUGAGGCUGGAAGGCUGUUGGUGUGUGCCAAGAAAAGGGCAACGCUAAAUGCAAUCAAAGACUUUUUCAUACCUUCAAACUUCUACAAUGCCAUUCAGGCUGUUAAAGACACAGCAGGAUUCAAAGAUGAAGAAGAGGUCUUCACAGUCCCCUCUUUGGCUUUGAAACUGGGCCACACCCUCAAGAGAAUGGCGGAUAUUGCUGAAUACCUGGAGAAGUCUCAAAAAUGA